CGUCACGUCAUUAUCGAUCAGUGUAUCGAUCAGUGAAAUAAAUAAAUGUGUGUGUGAGAUUGAUUCGGUGCUGACCGGAUCCCGGAACUGACCCAUGCGGUUUAAAUCCGCACAGACAGCUCGAGCUGCUGCUCCAAACUCCGGGAACACCGUGUGUGUGGUUAUCACCGAGUCAGCAGGUGAUACAUCACCGUCACAUGUCAGUGCUCAAGUUUAUCUAAUCACUCUGUGGUAACGUUACUAAACAUUAAUUUAAUACAAGUCUGAUAUCAAAGUUGUGUUGUGACGUGUUAGCUAACUGAGUGUUCAGGUUUACUGUAGCUCAGUGUCCCAACCUGAGGUUUGAGACCCGUCAGGGCUUUGUAAGACACAUGUCAGAGGUGUCGUCAUGCCUGAAGGAACAGUCGGAUCAUUUAGGAUAUUCAAAUAUUCACUUUCUGUCUGAGAGCUGGAUGAGAUGACGGAUAACACUCGUGUGUGUGCUGAAUAUGAAGCUACAGCCUGCAGCUAGUUUAGCUUAGCAUAAGGACUGGAACCAGCUAGCUUGAUUGUGCCCAGUGAGAGCACAGCCCACCUGUGAGCAGCACAGGCACCAGACUGUAACAGCUAAACGUUAUGGUUUUAUGGGGUGUGUGUGAGAUGACUUGUGUGCCUGGAGCCAUAACAGCACAUCAGCAACAUAUAAUCUUGUGUGUAGAGUUUGUUCUUUAUAGUGCCGUACUUACAUAUUGUAUCUCCCCACUGUCUGUCUGUGCUUUGAGCUGCUGUGAUGUGAAUUUGCUCAGUGUGGGAUCAAUUAAGUUUAUCUUACAUGGUAUGGUGGCGCAGUGGUUAGCAUUGUCACCUCACAGCGAGGAGGCUUGCAUGUUCUCCCUGUGUCAGCGUGGGUUUCCUCCAGGUGCUCCAGCUUCCUCCCACAGUCCAAAGACAUGCAGGUUAAUUGGUGACUCUAAAUGUGAGUGUGAAUGGUUGUCUGUAUCGAUGCCAGCGAGCAGGUCUUUGGGGCCCAGUCCAGCUUAGCCCGAAUGACUGACCACCACCGGCAAGGACUUGUAUCAGUCGUCUCAUUUCUAAAAUAAGCGUACUUCUCAAAAUGUCAAAGUACUCUAGACGUUUACAUGGAAAACAAAGUAAUUCAGCGUAACCUAAUGGUGUCAUCACACUGUUAAACGCAUUUAUAUUAGCACCAGUCUGUGAUACCAGGGGUCUCCACGCCUGCCUGCAGCCCUGCACACACUGCACCAGGGCUCUAUGCAAGUCCCUGCGGGCGGUGGGUCCAGCCACCUGACGCCGGCUAGCAAGCUCAGCUGGAGCUUCACGAUCUUUUUGACAUUUUUAGUUUUAAGCGGGAGGUGUCAGAAAAGUUACCACAGGCGUAACUGGCUCGUGGCGCCCAAGCGCUCAUAGCGACGUCGCUUUCUGAUCCUUUGAUGUCGGCUCUUCUGAUUGUCGUGAAGCCAAAUUCACAGAGCUUUGGAUUGUUCACCCACUAGUUGGUUAGUUUUACAUGACUAAUGCCUCCCUAGUCUGGCUCCAGACGGUGGUUUAGGUGUCCCGAAAUGUGCCUUCUUCUUGUGCCGCUCAUACUCCCCUCCCCUGGGACCACUUUGCCCUGGGAGACCCUACCAGGGGCUGUUAGCCCUGGACAACACAGCUCCCAGGGUCACGGGGACAUGCUAACCCCUCCACCACAUUAAGGUGGCGAUAUUCAUGGAGGGGGUCAGUUGAGGUGGCAUCUGAUCAGGAUCCUCCUGGGCGCCUCUCGUUGAAGGUGUUCCUGGCACGUCCCACAGGUAGGAGGCCCGGGGGCAGACCCAGAACAUGCUGGAGGGAUUAUAUAUCUCAUCUGGCCUGGGAACGCCCCAGGGUUCUCCAGGAGGAGCUGGGAAGUGUUGCUGAGGAGAGGGACGUCUGGAAUAGUUUGCUCAGCCUGCUGCCUCUGAGACCUGGCCUCAGAUAUGUGGUUGAAAAUGGAUGAAUGGAUGAAUUUGCAUGAAAUAAUUCAGUGCUCUGUUCCUCAUCUGAAAUCAGUGUUUGUGAUUAUAGCGUCUGUGCUGUUCAUGUUGUUUAUAAAACUUCAUGUCGUAUUCUGUGUCCUCAGCACUUGAAUUCGUGUGUUGUAGUUCCAUUGCAGGUCUCACCAGUUUUUCUGGUCUGUCAAAACCACCUGCUCAACAGCAGCUCUCUCCCAGCAGCAAACAGACUUGACCUCUGACCUCUCAAUCAUACUUCCCCUCGACUCAGGGGAGGUGAAGUCAUGUUCAGACUCCUCAGUCACCACAGUAAGAGGACGCGGGGCUGCCUCGCAGGCCAGCGCCGCUAUGAGCACCACACUGCCAUCAUGGCCAUCCGCCGUGAGGACAUCAACCCCUGGGAGAGGAGGGCGCCGCUGGCCCCACGACAUGUUAAAGAGCUCACAAAUGCAGGCAUCAAGGUUCUGGUCCAGCCAUCCAACCGUAGAGCGAUCCACGAGAAGUACUACGAGAGGGCCGGGGCUGUCAUCCAGGAGGACCUCUCGGAGGCGUCUCUGAUAAUCGGGGUGAAGAGGCCGCCGGAGGAGAAGGUCAUUCCCAGGAAGACGUACGCUUUCUUCUCCCACACCAUCAAAGCUCAGGAGGCCAACAUGGGGCUCCUGGAGGACCUGCUGAAGAAGGAGGUUCGUCUGAUCGACUACGAGAAGAUGGUCGAUGCUAACGGCUUCCGGAUUGUUGCGUUUGGUCAGUGGGCCGGUCUCGCAGGAAUGAUUAACAUCUUGCAUGGGUUGGGGCUGCGCUUCCUGGCUCUCGGGCACCACACUCCCUUCAUGCACAUCGGCAUGGCUCACAACUACAGGAACGUCAGCCAGGCCAUCCAGGCAGUGAGGGAUUGUGGGUAUGAGAUUUCCACGGGGCUCGUGCCCAAAUCUAUCGGUCCAGUGACAUUUUGUUUCACCGGCACGGGCAACGUCUCCAAGGGAGCCCAAGACAUCCUGAACGAGCUUCCUGUUGAAUACGUUGAACCUCACGAGUUAAAGGAGGUCUCUCAAACAGGAGAUAUGACCAAAGUCUACGCCACCGUCCUGAGCCGACAUCACCACCUGGUGAGGAAGAGCGACGGCUUUUAUGACCCCAUGGAGUACGAGGACCACCCGGAACUUUACACCUCACACUUCAGGACCAGCGUGGCGCCCUACACAACCUGUCUGAUCAACGGUAUCUACUGGGCCCCCCAAACCCCCCGACUCCUCAGACGACUGGACGCCCAGAGGCUGAUCAGACCGCUCAAGGGCUCGCCUGAAGCCACAGAGGGAUCACCAGGGCUGCCUCACAAAUUACUGGCCAUCUGUGACAUAUCUGCCGACACCGGAGGCUCCAUAGAGUUCAUGACCGAGUGCACCACCAUCGACAAGCCUUUCUGCAUGUACGACGCUGACCAGCACAUAGAUCACAACAGUGUGGAGGGAAAUGGGAUCCUCAUGUGCUCCAUCGACAACCUUCCUGCUCAGCUCCCCAUCGGAGCCACAGAGUACUUUGGAGACCGACUCUUCCCCUACAUCUGGGAGAUGCUGCCUUCAGACGCCACCAGACCGCUGGAUGAAGAGGACUUUAGCCCGCAAGUCAGAGACGCUAUAAUCACCUCAAACGGAGUCCUCACCCCAAAGUUUGAAUACAUUCAAAAACUUCGAGAAACAAGGGAGAAGGCUCAGAUCCUGAAGGAGAGCGGGAUGAAGCGUGUUCUGCUGCUGGGUUCAGGAUACGUCUCCGGACCUGUGGUUGAGUAUCUGACUCGCGAUGAGAGGACCCAGGUCACCGUUGCGUCGAUGCUGCUGAAGCAGGCAGAGGAGCUGGCAGCCAAAUAUCCCAACACCAUCCCCGUCAUGCUGGACGCUGGCAGCCAGGAAGGACACCUGGACUCCCUGGUCAAAGAUCACGACUUAGUCAUCAGCAUGCUGCCGUACUCGCUUCACCCGCUCAUCGCCAAACACUGCAUCAAGAGGAAGGUCAACAUGGUGACAGCGAGCUACCUGAGUCCUGCCAUGAAGGAGCUGCAGAGCAGUGCAGAAGAGGCGGGCAUCACCAUAGUGAAUGAGAUGGGACUGGACCCGGGUAUCGAUCACAUGCUGGCCAUGGAGUGUAUCGACAAGGCCAAAGCUGACGGCUGCACCGUGGAGUCCUACAGCUCGUUCUGUGGAGGUCUUCCUGCUCCAGAGUGUUCAGACAAUCCUCUUCGCUACAAGUUCAGCUGGAGUCCAUAUGGCGUCCUCUUAAACACCAUCAGCCCCGCCAUCUUCCUCAGAGACAACGAGGUGGUGAGCAUCCCGGCUGGCGGCGCUCUGAUGGAGUCUACCACGCCGAUGGAUUUCCUUCCUGGUUUCAACCUGGAGGGAUUUCCAAACCGCGACAGCACCAAGUACGCCGAGCCUUACGGCAUCCAGUCUGCACACACACUGAUCAGAGGAACGCUGCGCUUCAGGGGUUUCUCCAAGGCCAUGAGUGGGUUUGUCAAACUAGGUCUAAUAAACAGUGAGCCAUGUCCCAUCCUGCAGCAUACUUCGUCUCCUGUCUCCUGGAGAGACCUCCUCUGUAAGCAGAUGGAUUUGUCCUCCUCCAUUUCCCAAGAUGCCUUUGAAGAAGCUGUGUAUGAGCGCAUCGGAAAGGACGACUUUGUGAUGGACGCCCUGAGAUGGUUUGGGAUGCUGAGUGAUGACGAGUUGGUGCUUCACGCCGACAACGUGCUGGCUGCUCUGACAAAACAUCUGGAAGUCAAACUCUCGUUUGAUAAGGGCGAGCGAGACAUGAUCAUCAUGAGGAACGAUGUCGGGCUUCGCCACCCAACUGGCGAGCUGGAGACCAAACACAUCAGCCUGGUGGUUUACGGUGACCCCAGCGGCUUCUCCGCCAUGGCCAAAACUGUAGGAUACCCAGCAGCUAUUGCUGCUCGCAUGGUCCUUGAUGGUGAAAUCACUGCAAAGGGAUUAGUGACUCCGAUGACGAAGGAUAUCUACGGGCCGGCUCUGGCCAGACUGAAGGAGGAAGGACUUCAAUUCAUAUCUAAGAGCACCGUGCUGGAGUAAAGCCUUCAAAGAGAGCAGAUCAGUGAUCACUGUAAAUACAGAGAAACUUUAUGACAACCACGUUGUCAGCUGCCUUUUCACCAGCUUUAUCCAAACUGGAUUUUCCGACAGACUCAGACUCAACUGUCUAGUGAUGUUUAAAAAUCUAUUUUAAUCUUACCGGCCAGAGGCUGAUAGAAUAAAUAUUAGUUAUGUCUUUUUUUUCCCUUCAAAUAAAUAUGUAAAAGGUUAAAAAGGGGGAAAAAGUUUAAAAGAAGGAAAAAAGCCAAACGUUGUUUUUAUUGUGUUGAAAUGAAAUUUAGAACAAUUUGGUGAUGCUUUAAAUUUGUUUUAGGUCAAAAAUCUGAAGAGGCAGCUGGUGAUUAUAUUAAGUAAUCUGUAUCUGAUAUAAGCAUCUGAGUUUGGUUAAAUGCGUCAAUCUGUGCCAAACUGAAAUAGUUACAGUUUAGUUUCAGAGAAAAGUUCUUCUGUGAAGUUGUGUCCACUAAUCCAGCAGUAUUUAAGGCAUUAAAAAUUCAAAGCAUUAAAAAGCACACAUGUAGUCUCAUAAAUCAAGUUUAAUUACUGUAGAAAUCAGGUCCGACUGUUCAAACUGUAAUGGAUGUUUUGACUAUCCACUGUAAAACUAGUUUACACUUGGGUAUUAUAAAGUAACCUGAACCUGAACCUGAGACUGUUCCUGGAGACUCGAUGGUUAAUUCUGACAUCUAACGUAAAAACCAAUGAAGCACUCAUUGCAAGCGUUAAGCUGUUUAAAAACAAAAUGAAACCUUAAAUAUUUUUUACAUUUUAACUACAAUACAGUUACAUAAAAGCAAUGGACCAGUGCAUAAAAACACUGUUGAAAACUGUUUUUGAUCAGUUUGUUGACAGUUUUCAGACCAGGUGUACAGGAACGCCUCUCAGCCUUGCUUCCAGUUUCUUUUUGUGUCCACCAUAUAACAGUGAGAAAAUCACCUGUGGCCCAAAAAGCAUUUCCCCCCUAGGCCACCAUUAUAAAAGAGACAUCUCUUAAAAUAGACAUGACACCGCAAACUGCAAACAAGGUCAAUUUUGUCUCUCGAAUUUUUGAUCCAUACAGAUUUUAUGUUUGUAAAACUUUCCUCAAGUUGAGAAAAGAGAUUAAAAAAUCUGUGUAGGGCCGGACCAGCAGAGGAAACACUACUGCAUGUAUUCAGGGGGCUGCAUAUUGUGAAAGUAAACCUGGAAGGUAGACACUUUUGGGGUAUACACCAGGCGAGCGUUUCUCACUGGACUGAAUCGUGUCAUCUUGGGGUCCAGUACCUAGAUAUAAUAACACAUCCACAUGACAGACGGCUAAGGGCUUGUUUAUACUCCCUUUACGUACGAAAAAAGAUGCAUCUGUUUCACACGAUGUAAAUGUCACUGCCCCCUCCCCUUAAUGGCAUUGGUCAUUUAUGAUGGAACAGAUACAGCCAAUAGAGGGCACCAAAGGGCGGAGUCAAAAGUUUUUAUCAGAACAUUUGUUUUGUAGAUUGUAAUUGGUUAGAAAUAGAGAUGCACUGAUUUAUUGGCUGCCCAUCGUUAUCGGACGAUAUUCGCCUUGUUGACUGCCAUCGGUCUAUCUGCAAAUAAGAUGGCAUUCACCGAUAGCAGUGGCCGAUGUUUUUCUGUUGUGUCACAUCAAUUUUGCGCAGGCUAAAAUGCAUUACUCGAAACUAUUGGCAUCCUGUUGUCCCUGGGACAAUAGAGAAUGUAUUUGGGAUGAACAGAGAUCUUCCCCAGGACACCGUCGGGACGAAACGGCACCGUAAACUCAUUAUUGACAUGUGAGGGAACUCACCCUGUUGUUUUCCUGAUAAUAUCAGUUGUAAAGAACAAAUCUGUGUUUUCACUGGCAGGAGGGGGAGAGCUAGUUAACGUUAGCUGUUAGCAGUCGUGGACUGUAACUAACUGCUCUGGUAGAUUUUCCUGAUGUGUUUGAUUACAUCAUGAUGCGUUCAAGGUCUGUUUGGUAAAAAUGAGGAUUUGGCAACGGUAAAUUAUAACGCUGUAAUGAUGUGCUCAAAUUUAAUCUUGUAAAAUGUAGUUUUUUGCAAGAAACUUGAAUAAAUAUACAGCUGUUCGAAGGAGAAAUUUGUUUAUAAAAUAGAUAUCAUAGAGGAAAUUAUGAAAUAUUAUGUAUAGUACAAAGACUUUUGAAGCAGUAAUUAAAAGAUUUUUUCAUGUUAAAGAAGGUAAAGUUAAAGGUUGUUUCAUAACUGUGAAUGAUUGAAUUUGUGCACAAAAGGGGGAAUAAAUAACGACAAACAAAAUAAACCACAGAAACAAAAAAGCGUCGGCUAUCGACCAAAUUGUUAUUUUAAACAUCGGUAUUGGCCCAGAUUUUCACAAUCAGUGCAUCCCUAGUUAGAAAUCAACAUAGUUGCUGAACCUUUCCUAGUUUAAACUUUUAACUUUUCCUCCAUCACCUGAAACAGCAUCUGAUUUCUGUAUUAAAUAAAAAUCCAACAGCUCAAAACUGCACUGACCUUCAAGCUGUGAUAACUUCGAACAAGAAAGACCUCAACCUUGUUACACACCUAACUUACUAUUUCUUUAAACACAUCAGGAAAAUCAACCAGAGCAAAAGUCCAACAACAAAACCAUGAAAUACCAUUGACAGUUCCCAUUCACAGGAUGUAAUAUUACGUAAUGUUGCCUCAGAGUGAACGCUAACGAACCUGAGAGCAGCUGCAAAUGAUUUUCAGCUGGUUUGUACAGGAUCACGAGUUAAUAAUUUUAUUUGGUUUUUGUGUGUGGUGCUUUUGUGUUUUACAGUAUGUGUGCAAUGUCAUGACAUCACAAUCUCAGUAUCCCAAAAAUACUACAAUAAUAAUAAAACUUUUGUUUGUGAUGCUAUUAACGUUAAAAUUAACAACUCAAAGUGCAGAAGUUUAAACAAGAAACUGUGAAUUUUGAGUGUGCUUUCUAUAAACGUUAACGUAACGUAACGUUAAGUCUAAACAUUUCAUGCGACAAGCGCAGACUCAAUGUGCUUAAAAACAGAAACAACGUGUCUGUUUUAAAAUUAUUUUUGAAAAGUUACUUUUUUUCCCCUUAAAACACUGAACCUAUCUUGGUAUAGAUCUUAACUACCUUUGGGUAAUAUCAAAAAAAAGAGUCCAAAAACUAUGAAAGUGAUAUCUAUAGAAUAUAAUUUAAUUUUUCUCAUGAUCUUGAUUUGUUAACUGAAACAUAAUUGCUAACAAUGGCGUUCAGCCUCUGUGGAGCUCAGACGUGGAACUCUUUUUUUCAAGGUGUUGUUAAGUCUGAAUUCUGUAUUUGUGGAGCCUGUGUUAAGUUUGUCAGACUAUUUAUUGUCUGACACCUGAGCAAUAUUUAAUUUAUCAUUUAAGAGGGAUGUGGUCACCUUAUAAAUAGUUUGUUACAUGCUUUAAAUGGGUAAAAAAUUAAUACCCAGAAAGAGAGUUAUUUAAUAUGUACCUGAGUUAUAUUUUUAAAAUAAACUAUCCAUAUGUGUACCUGACAUGUACUUUAUUUGUGGGCCUUCGUAGGGUUUUAAACAGAAGAGUGUUCGUGUGAUGUUUUUGGUAGAUUUGUAGGUUUGGAUUGGAAUGACACAAAUUUUGUCAGCAACACAGAACGGCACUAACUCAUCAGUGAUCUCUAACGGUUUUAUUUUAUUUGUUUUAAUGUUUCAGUUCAAGCAUUUGUUUGUAAAAGCUUGUUUUGAUAGAACGUUUUUUGCUUCAUAAAAAUGUAAAAAUGGUUACACGAAUAAAUGUAUUAUGUUACAUUG